AUGGCUCUCCGAACAGGUGUCUUAACUACCGAUGCGCCUGCACCCAGCCCCCAUCUCUCCCAAGCAAUCAUCCACAAUGGAACGGUCUACUGCUCAGGCUCGUUCGGUCUGGACCCCCAGACUCGACAACUGGCUGAGGGUCCCUAUCAUCAGACCGCGGGUGCCCUAAAGAACCUCGACGCCAUCCUGAACAAGGCGGGAACAAGUCUCCAUAAUGCUUUGAAAGUCACCAUCUUUAUAUUGAAUAUGGACCACUAUGCUGCGGUUAACAGAGCUUACCUCGAGUUUUUCACUUCUGAUCCGAAGCCAAGCCGAACGUGCGUGGCUGUGGCCCAGCUUCCUCUCAAGGGCGCUCAUGUGGAGAUGGAGGCUAUCGCUGCUAUUCCUGAGAAGUCUAGCAAGCUGUGA